UUAAGGGGGAAUUUUAUUUCUGCUCGGUCCGCAGCGUGUGUCAGACGUCUGGAAUUCCCGGAGCGAAAGCGAAAGCAACAAAUCAGGAAGUCCUUUAACAAAAAGACACGCAGACCCCAGGGGCAGACGCACAGGCAGCGGGGGUCUAACUAACACCCUCCGAGGGGACAACCGGGACCCUACCGCGCGCACAGGGAACGCGUGCCAACCUAUCGCCCCAGGCGAGGAAAGGGUUAAACACCGACAAGGAAAUAGAAGGAAGAAAAAAAAAGAAAGGGAGAGACAGAGUUUGUAUGAACAGCGGGAGCCCCGGCCGCGCAGCAUGCAGGUACUCCGUACAUCCCGGGGGCCACGAGACCCCGGGGCCACGAUGUUCUUACACCGGUGUCUCCAGGUUAUUCUGCUGACCCUUCUGUGGCCAAAGUCAGGUUUUUCGCAGAUUGGUGUGAACAUCGGGAAGCGGUGCACCUACAACAAGCUGAAGACCUGCCCCAGCGCCUUAGAGUUUAAUACAUACCUGAGGAGAGUGAAGUCCUACGAAGUUUGCCCGGAUAACCAUUUUAUCAAAUUCGUCUUCCCCAAUGGAAAUAUUUAUGGCCAGAAAACAGAUGGCUGGGCGCGGGACAUCAUGCGCUGCAUUGAUAUAGGGACAGGCAACUGUCUCAAUUCUGCGGAUUUUGGAUUUAAAAGCGGCUGUUCCAACGAAGCAAAGGGCAAACCGGUUCCCUCCUCAUUACCCAGAACCAGCACAACACCUCAGACAACUACCUACGAACAACCACCACUGGAGACCACCCCUUCACAACCUGGGCUACCUGUGAUCCCAGAGGACCACAGUGUCACGCCAGGAGGCCAUGUUCUCCUGCCAACAGGCCCUGCGGACACAUCACCGGAGGCUAAAGACAGAGACAAUGGCUCUGAAAAACAGCAGAACCCAAACCUUCCACCUCCGGAUCCCAAAGUCGUUGAAAAAAUGAAGAGCAUGACCAUAGCCGUGGUCAGCUUAAUUCUGUUUAGCCUGGUGCUGGUGGCCACCAUUACCGGCAUCUACUGCCGAAAGAGAAAAAAGGAAUAUACAAGAGCGCCAGAGAAUGAACCGGAACAAUCCGAAGACGGGUCUAACCUGUAGAGGAGCGAAAACCUUCAUAGUAUUCGGUAGGAAGGUGUUUAGGACUCCAUCACGUCCCACCAUCGUGGACAUUUGCCUUGCGCACAAAGCCUGUAAAUUCUGAAGAUUGUGGACCAAUUCUUUGGAGUCAUCAGAUCUAAACUGGGAACGGAAUGGCCAGGGUGACGUAUAUACCCUAUAUAAAAUCAUCCCAUUGGCUUACCUGAUUUUAAAGUUUGGGGGGGGGGCAUU